CCUUUUCUUGUAGAACUAACAUCAUUUUUAUUUGUUUUCUAGGUCUGUGUCCUAAUAAAAUUGUCUAUAACUGUUACUAAUUUAUUGCUUUUUACUUUGAGGUUAUUUAAUUGGGCUUAAGGUAGUGGAAUAGUAUAUAGACAAUUCUCACAGAGGUCAGAAUAAUAGUCUUUGACAAUACAAGGUCUUGGAGUAAUAAUUUUCCAAUGAUCUUGAAUAAUUCUUCAGAGCGAAUGAAACUUCUUGCUAUAUCCAGUCUGUCUUGGAGCCAGCAUAGUGAUAUACGGUCAUGAGUGCAUCUGUAUGUGUAUGCAUAUACGUGUGUGUUAUUGAAAAGUGGACCUCUGAGUCCACAUGGCUCAACUGUAGGUUCCUCCCUCCAGUGAGCUUUCCUUUGACUGUGGAGAAGGCUGCUGCAGUAAUGGCGAACUGUGGACGUUCUCCAGAAAGGUGGACUCUGCCUUCUGUGCCAGACACAUUUUUUUUUCCUUUGAGAUCUUAAUCUCAGCCUGUGCAAAGCCUCUUCUGAGUCACUACUCAUCCUCAGCCCUAGAGGUAUCAACCGCUUUCUGCAUCUGCUGAACUAUUUUUCACUCAGACUAGCUAGAGUCCUCACUCCUUUCAGGAAGUGACUGCAUUUCAGUUUUCAUAAUAAUAUUUCCUUCUUCAAAUGACUUAUGGCUUCAUUCUUCAGACUUGACCCUCACUGAUACCCAAAUACGGGGUGACCCUUUGGGAUUGACGUCACAGGUGCUGGGUUAGGGGGACAAAAGAAGAAAAUAUGAAGGGUCGGAACAGUUCCAUCACAAAGCCAAGGGGUCUGAGGUUGCACCAGUCUCUAGAACCAUGUGAGUCUCCUAACCAUGAUCCAUGUAUCUGCAGACUGCUUUGGACGAGAUCAGCAUCUCCUAACUUGUGUUCAUAUAUUUUGGCUUGGGCUCACUCUAGAUGUGCAUCAGUCAUACUUUUACAUAGCUAGUAUUUUCAACCGAACCAUUUUAAUUGGUAGUCUUGACUUUUUGCGUGGAAGUAAUAUAAAAAGUGAACGAAUAAUAUAGACUGAGUCAAUUUUUAAAAACCCAGAUGUAAAAAGUAAGCUUAAUAACUAAGUAUGAUAGCAUGGGUAGAAAUGUCAUGAAGGAAUUGAAUGCUUUGUAUGGUAACUUAAAAUUAAUUUAAAAAAUCAGUAAAAGCACAGAUGUAAGCUUUAAUGAUGCAAAUUUCCAGUAAGUGGAUUAUAUUGACCAGAACAAACAUUUAUUUAUUGAAAUGUGUUUAUAUAUGAAUUAACACCCUGUUCUAUAAGACUGCAUACAACAAGCUUUGAAAAAAAAAACCAGACCAGAAUAUGUUGAGGCUCAGCUCUUUCAGCUCUAAAAUUCUGGAUUAUAGACCUAUAUGGCCUGUUUAUAUGUUUUUAUUUGAAGGAAUAUAAAGAGAGCUCAUCUAAAUACUACUUUUAAAUGCUAGGUAUGAAAGUCACAUACUAGGUAAGCUUUUCAUAAUUCAUCUUCAAAUACUAUUUUGAUAAAUCAACUGAAGAAUAUCUAUCUUCUUUCAUAGUUGCAUUUGUGUGACUAUGUAUGGAUCUUUCUAAACCUAUCAUUGAUAUCUAUGUCUUAAACCAUGCGCUGUUGUUUGUUUCUCCCUUUUUAAAAACCCACUCUUCAUUUUAUGCAUCAGCUCAUUAUUCUCCCUCUUCUGGUUUCUACUUAAAUCAUCUCUUUGAAGGACAAGAUAAAACCAAAUAGCAUUCUCCAUACUCUAUCAUCAGAUAGGAACCAAAUGGUUCAUUUUAUGAUUCAUCAUAACUCAGGAAAUGAUUUCAAUGAAGAAGAUGAGGAAGAAAUUUCAAGGAUCUUUCUAUUGUUUGUUGAGUUCUAACAAAGCAUGUGGGAUUGCGGUUGCCACAGCAACAGAUCCGUCUGUUCUAGCUUGUGCCUUUGUCUUUAAUAACAGAAAAAUGGGUUAUUAUUUUGUGUACAUGCAAAUUUAUGUAUGUCCGUGCAUUUGUACAUACAGAGAGAAGAGAGAGUGAGAGAGAAGAUGAGGGGAAAAGAGAGCACUUGAGAGAGUGAGAUCACUAGUUGUAUGUAGAUUUUUUCCCCCCUGUUUUAGUAUUUCAAUUUUUCCUACCUUAUCUGUAUUGGCAAUCUUGCCACAUUGUCUAAUUAAUGUGGUCUCUGAACAUAAAAUAUUAAGUAUAAGUACAAACAUAAUUAUAAAAACACGGAAAUCACAAUCCACUUUAUAAUGUAGGCUAAUUGUAGGACUCCAAUGAAAUAUUAGACAGGGGUGCCUGGAAUUAGUAAUGUCUUCUUUGAAAGCUAAAAGAGGGUCUAACAGUCCGUAAUGUAUACAUUACUUACACUGUAUUCUAUUUCCGGGUUGCUUCAUAUUGGCAGCCCUUGGAAGCAAAAUCAUGGCCUCAAAAGCAAAUAGUCCUCAACACUGAGUUCAUCGCCUACUAAUAUUUUAUGUAAAGUGACUUAAAAAGGAAAGACAGCACAGUAAAAGCCUUGUGGCAUGUCUAUACAACUAUUAUUAGUGAGAAAACAUCAAGAACAUGCCACACCUCCUUUUCCCACAUGAGGAGAGGGGGUGGUGACAGAUCCUGAGCUAUUUAGAUUUCAUUUCUGCAUUCACCUCCUUGUAGAAUUUAGAGCAAUUUACUCAGACUGUAGGUCAAAAUUCUUAUUAGAAGAAACAAAAUCUGUAUCAAACUAUUAAACCAACUGUAGCUGUGUCUCAGGACAUGUGUCGUUCAGGGGGAUUGUGGAGGAGGAGGCAGGUGUAUAGAUGCAGAUCAUCAAGACGGACACGAGUUUUAAAAAUCUUCCCUCUCCUAACAGGAUGCUAAGUGGUAGAGGAUGUGUCAGUUUCCAGGGGCUUUGCUGGGAUCAUAUCCAUUACGUCAGCUAGUCCCAGCAGCUCAAGUAUCAUUCAGUCAGGCGCCAAACUUGUUCAACAACAGAAGAGAGGGUUGCCUAGGAUGCUUUGUGACUAUAACUCCUUUUAAAUGAAAUGAUUGACAGUAAUAGCAUAUGCAUACAUGUGCACACAUGUGCAUGCACACACGCGGGUGAGCGCGCACACACAAAAACACAACACACACACACACACUCUCUCUCUCUCUCUCGGCAAAACCUGUAUCUUUGCUUUUCUGAUUUGGAGCACAGACUGGUGAGUUUUUCUGUUUGUUAAUAUAAAUAUAACAAGUAUUAUAAUACAUAAUACCACACACAUGUAUUUUGAAUAUGCUUGGCCCAGGAAGUGGCACUUUUUGGAGGUGUGGCCGUGUUGGAGCAGAUGUGGCCCUGUUGGAGGAAGUGUGUCACUGUGGGGAGGAGUUUUGAGAGCUUCUUCCUAGCUGCCCAAGGAAGCCAGUCUUCUAGCAGCCUUCAGAGGUAGAACUCUCAGCUCUUCCUGCACCAUGCCUGUCUGAAUGCUGUCAUGGUCCUGCCUUGAGGAUAAUGGACUGAACCUCUGAACCUGUAAGCCAGUCCCAAUUAAAUGUUGUCCUUAGAAGAGCUGCCUUGGUCAUGGUGUUUUUUUGUUUGGUAAGGACCUGGCUAAUUCUUCCAAAGGGUUUGCACCAACAGAUUUCCCAGCAGCCACUCUACUUCCUCUCUUGUAGUUCAAGGCAGCAUUUAGGGCCAGCUAGUCUAAUAGGUGUGUGGUAGUAUCACGUGUUGUUUCAGUGUGUAUAUCUUUGAUGUGAACAAAAUUGAAUAUAUAUAUUUAUUUUCCUCCUGUAUAUCCUCUCUGGUGAAGUAGCUAGUUUUUGGGCAUUUUAAAAAUUGGAUUGUUUACUAUUGUUAAAUUCUUCACAAUGUUUGGGUUAAGACCACUUAUUAAUUUUUUGACGAAUAAUUUCUUAUAGGAAUUUUAAAGAUACUGAUUCAAUUUCUGUUAUCCCUUGUACUCAGAUUUCCUGUUUCACUUCUUAAGGGAGUUUUCUGGAAAUUCAUCCCUUCAACCAGUCAUCUAAUACAUCAGCAUGCACCUGUUCAGGUUUUCCUACUGGAAUCCUCUUUCUUUCUGGAAAUUAUGGCGUGUUUCUUCUUUAAUCCUGAUUUUAUCAAGUCACAUUCUGUUUCUCUCUAACCAUCAUCUUUGAAUCUGUCCCAGCGGUGCUGUGAUUCUGUCCAUCUGUAUUUCCCUUUGCACCUGUAAGUAGAAGACAGCCAAUCAUGAUGAACCAUUAAUGGUGGCAUGCUGCAUGCACAUGCAUGGUCUUGGUGGAAUCCAAUAAGGUGAGCGGUUCUUCGCUCUUGCUUGCCUUCUGUUCUGAAGUUUUGCUUCAUUUAUUUUCGUGUUCUAUUAUCCCACAGUAGGCACAUCACCUUAUCCUUCUAUGUUGUUUAUCACUGUCUAAUUCUAUUUGGUCUGACACUGAUAAUGGAAACCAGAUUUUCUGUUUGUUUUUUUUUCCUUUGCUUGAUAUACUAUUUGGGUUGAUGAUGUCCCCCAAUGGGAAGAACCAGCCAUCUUUGCAUUCGCUCACAGAGUCAAUGGAAGUUUAAUGAAAAGGUUGGAUUUUGUGACCAUAAAACACUGUUCUUUUAAUAUAUGACCUUAAUACAUUUAUUUGUUAUCAUAAGUAAAUUAUCUACCAUCAUAUCUUUUGAUUUUUACCUAAACAACAUACUCUAAAUUAUAUGUGAAAGUUAUUUCCUUUAUUCACUUAUUCUACUAUUGGGCUACCCGUGAUUAAAAAAAAACAAAAACCCUGGAUUUUUCUUAUUAAAAUAAAAUUUGAAUUAUUUGCUUCUUGUGUAUAAGACAUGUUUCAUAUUUCUGCCCUCCACAUCCCUAUGUCUUAGUGUGAUAUUGGAUUUUAUAUAUGAAAUACUAUUAACUUACCACAAAUAUUAUUAGCUUAUUUAGUGACCUAGCUUGGACAGCUAAGUAGAAUAAGUGGCUUAAGAGAGACAAAGAGAAAUUACUGCCCUUGACACUCUGGAAUCAGGCUGAUGUCCAACUCUUUAAGAAUAUUGACAUUGCAGGAAGAGUUUUACUUUUAGAGGAAGUGCACUAGAGAACCGAAGCAUCACACAUGUGGCAUAAUUACCUUGUCUUGUUACUGGAGGGUUGGGUAGUUCUGCCAUAGUCAUUCAACUCUUACCAGUAACUCACCAAACUAGUGUAGACUUUUUUUUCACAAAAACUUAACAGGGACUGGUAUUUUUCUUUUGAGAAUAUGAAGGACAGAGAUAAUAACUCUGUGGUGUCAAUUUAAGACAUGAGUCGCAGGCUAAAAUAGGAUUAUGUAUAACAGAAAUUUGAAAAUAUUUCAAGGUAAACAACAGAUAUGAGAGAGUAUAUGUAAACAAGAAGGGGCAAUUAUGCUCAUAAACCCAAGAGAUUUGAGAAUACGACUGUCUUUAGUUAUAGGGCCUCAGUAAUCACGACUGAGCUGCAGGCUCAAAUAUAUGAAUCAUCUUAACCCUGUGUAAUGAUCUAGAUAUCGGUAAUGCUUGAAACUGUGCAUAUUCUUAUAAUAGUAAAUCUUCAGCAGUCUUCUUUGGGUCUAAAAUAUUCAUGAAACAUAUAAUAUUUCUUAUAAAACUGCUUCAACGUUUUUGUUUCAUUUCACCAAAUUGUGCUCUCAAUAAGAGUGUGGGGCUUCAUCGAACAUCUCUUUUUCCUAUUCAAACUCCAUUUCCGGUGAUGAAGUCUUUCUCUUAUUUAUUAGAGCUGAGCCUGUUCUUACUUUAUUGCUAUAAUAAAGGGACUCACUAGGAAUGGCCUCACUCUGGGUUGUACACCCGUUCUCACUUUGAGUUCCGGGCAGGCUGUGCUUGCUUGCACUGAAGAUUGAAACGGAGCGCUCACAGAAGGGGUGUGGGACUUGGCUGUACCAGGCAUCGAUCUGCGACAUUGGGACUGCUCUGACGUAACUCCUUUUGUUUAUUUGUAUAUGUUGUGACAUCUUUUUAUUUUCCACUCGUGUCUUAUAUUUCCUUCUCUCCAUCUUAGGACGUUUUACAAAUUAAAAUUGAGCCCUCGUGGAAGAGUGAAGACACGUUCUUCAUACUCCGUACAUUUGCUAAGCUGUCAUAUCUGCCGAUGCGUGCAUCGGGGAAUCUGGGGGCGCCCUUCUACUUCUGAAUUGUUUCUCUGAGUCUGAUAAAGUCAGAGGAGUGUUUUUCAAAGUGAGACUGUUUUCAGUUUUGACUGUUUGGUUGGCUGAAGAUCUCGUAGUCCUAGGGGAUGUUGGAGACGAAAAUCUUAGGAAUUGGGAGCUUGGUGUGCAAUUAGCCAUCCACAACGUCUUUGGAAUGAGCCACUGAAUCUCAGUUCGUAUUUUCCACAGUAAAACUUUAAAGUCCACGAGUUCUGUAAUACAAGGGUCACAGAUGGUCGGACUCUGAUUUGAUCUUUUGUUUUGAUCAGGGCAGACUUUCCUGGUGAACUACUCCUUUAAUUUUGCAUAACUCCCUUUGUUACACAGAAAAGAAUAACCAUGGCCAUCUGCAAAGUCUGCUCUUUGGUUUGCUCAGUUCUAUCAGGAGAAAUCUUUCCCAGUAAAGUCUAACUGACACUCAUUGUUUCUGUUUAUUUUGGAAAGACAAUUCCAAUUUUAAAAAAGUGCUCUUGGUGUUUUAAAUUGAAACAAGAUUUUACCUGAGAAACAUCGAGUAGAUUAAAAUACACGAGCAGGUUAUGAGAGCUUUAUUUUAUGCACAGAAAUCUAGAGAACAACGUAAAAUAAGACAAAGAUGUGUUCCGGGGUGAGUCAUUCAGUUCUUACCCGAGAGUUGGUGAAACAGUAAGGAUACAGUGUGGGAAUGGGUGGUGUCUCUCUCUUGGUUCUGUUUGCACAUCUUUAUAAAUGCCUUUCUCUAUCUACCGUCCUUCAACAUUUUUUCCUCUCUGCGCCAUGGACUUUAUUUCUAGAAUUUUUGUAUUAAGGAGAGAGAACUUCUAUUGUUUACUCCCGAUCUUUGCUGAAUGCGCAGAUGAUGUUAGGAUAAGGUCUCUGACUCCAUUCUUGGAUCUAGAUGUAUCUUAGCCAGUGUUCUAGUGCUGUGGAGAGAGACUAUGACCAGGGCAGCUCUUAUAAAGGAAAGCAUUUAAUUGGCGCUUGGUUACAGUUUCAGAGGUUUAGCCUGUUCUUAUUGGAUGAUGACAUGCAGGCAGAAACAGUGGAGGAUAAAUAGCUGACAGUUUUACAAUUGGAUGCACAGGCAGCAGGAAGAGACAGACGCUGGGCCUGCAUUGAGCUUUUGAAACCCCAAGGCUGUGUUUGUUCAUUGACAUCUUUCCUCUAACAAGGUUAUAUCUACUCCAACAAGGCCACACCUACUCCAGUAAGGCCACACUUAUGAAUCCUUCUCAAAUAGUGACACUCCCUGAUGGCCAAGCAGUCAGAUAUAUACACCUAUGUAGGGCCAGGGGGAGUAUUCCUAUUCAAACCACCAAACCACUACAAGGUAUUUCCACUGAUUUUUGUAAGCUUGAGAAUUUUUGUUUGCCUACUCAUUAUUGUGUCUGUCAAUGCUAUAAGAAAAAUAGCUGAUAGUGGGUCAUUUAUAGUAGGAAAAAGACCCUAUUUAUUUAUUUAUUUAUUUAUUUAUUUAUUUAUUUAUUUAUUACAUUUUUGGAAACAAAUAUGUAAAAGAUCAAGGUGCCAAUGUGCUUAGUUGUCUGAUGUGGGCUCCGCACAAGGCUGAAGGCAGAAGAUUAUGUGACUAACACAGCUUGAAGUCUCCUUUACUGGGGCCUUAGUCCUCACUCAUGAGAGAGGAGCUUUAGCGCUGCCAGGGCACGUUUCCUGGGAAGAAGUAAAGAAGCAUUUGUUCCCUUCCGUUGAAGAGAGCACGGACAGAUUAAACAAAGGAAUCCAUUUAAGUCUAUUUUGGUGAUGCAAGAGUUUAUCGGAGCUCUUUCUCUUGAACCAGGCAGCCUCAGCCAUGAGCAACACAGCGAUGGCCAAGAUUAAGGCUCAGGACCUGCGCAGCAAGGAGGAGGAGGAGCUGCUGAAACAACUGGGCGAUCUGAAGGUUGAACUGUCCCAGCUUCGCGUCUCCAAAGUGACGGGCAGAGCCUUGUCCAGGCUCUCCAAGAUACGAGUUGUAUGCAAAUUCAUUGUCUGGGUUCUCACUAUCAUUAAUCAGACUCAAAAGGAAAACCUUAGGAAAUUCUACAAGGGAAAGAAGUACAAACCCCUGGACCUGCGACCCAGUAAGAUUAGAGCCAUGCGCCGCCACCUCACCAAACCUGAAGAGAAGCUGGAGACCAAGAAGCAGCAAUGGAAGGAGUGGCUGUACCCACUGCGCAAGUACGCAGUCAAGGUCUGAGAGGACAACAAUAAAAUGCAAGAAUGACUGGGGGAAAAAAGAGUUUAUGGAGCAUGCGUUACUGAAAGGCACCUACACUCCCAGGAAUUUCCUUGGGCACUCCCGAAGAGUCACAGAAUAAACUUACAGACUGCUGCAGUAUCAAAGAUUCCAAAGUAGUCUAUGUUUACCUCGUAUCUCUUCUAGGAAGGGCUCUGAUGAAGACCUCCCAAAGGUAAUUGAGUUCUGUGAGUCCCAAAGCCCCUCCAGGAGGGGAUAAUAGAUGAAAUCACAGGAGAAUCUCUUGACUCAAGAUGGCAACAGCACUGUCUGACCCAGAAGAAGCAGAUAUACAGCAUAUACCAGAACACAUCUUGAAGGGCCUACACUUUUAAAUGUAUUUUUUAAUUUAUUCUUUCAGAAUUUCUUCUAUGUUGUAUAUGAUGCAUUUUGGUCAAAUCUACCCUCCUGUCCCUCCUCUCUAGCUUCUCCCAGAUCUCUGUCAUCAUAUUACCACCUCCUUCCCAUCUUCCUAUGAUUUCUUUCUUGUUUUAUACCACAAAGUCUACUCAGUAUAGUGGUAUGUACAUAGGUGUAAGAGCCCCCAUAACGCACUGGCAGCAUCCCUGAAGAAAAACUAUGCUUCCUCCCCAGGCAGCCAUCAGAUGCCAGUAGCCCCUAGAACAGAGAAGGGAGUUUCAUGAGCCACUCUCCCAUCUAUGUUGGAUUAUGACUGGCUUGAUUUUUAUGUACGCACUUACAGUCCCUGUGAUUUCCUGUGUACACGCUUGUCAUGCAUCGAAAAGCAAUUUACAGUAAUCUUCUAUAAUCCCUGGCUCUUCAAAUCUUUGCAUCCCUUUUUGGAGAUGAUCCCUGAGCUUUCGUUUGGGGGCUAUAGAUGUUCCAUUUAAGGCUGAACAUCUUAGAGCCUCUUAUUCUUCAUAGUUUUGUCUUAGGAUUUUAUUGUUAUGAUAGAACUCCACAACUCAAGCAAUUUGCGAGGAAAGAACUUACUUCACCUAGCAGCUUAUAAGUCCGUUAUCAAGGGAAGUCAAGACAGGAAUUCAAGGCAGGAACCUAGAUCCAGAAGCUGACGCAGAAGCCACGAAGUAGUGCUUCUUCCUGGCUUGCUCCUCAUGGAUUUCUCAGUCUGUCUUGUAACAGCUCCUAGGACCACAGGCAUUUGGGUGUUGGAAACCAUAACAAACAGGGUCCUCACACAUCAUUUUUCAGUCAGGAGAACGCAUCAAACACUUGUCCAAAGGACAACCUUAUGGGAUUAUUUUCUCAAUUAAGAUUCCUUAUCCCAGAUGAUCCUAGCCUGUGUAAAGCUAACGUAAAAACAAGCCAGCACAAGUUUUGACCACUUAUUGGAUCAGUAUCAAAAGCCAUUUACUGCAAAAAGAAGUUUCUCUGAGACUUUGUUGUCUAGAAUGAACUUUUGAACGUUUAACAUGGGUCUCAUCUGUGGGUGUGAAGAUACAUAUUUAGAGAACAAUUUGGUGCUAAGUCCAUUUUAGAAAUACAAGAGUAGUAGGUUCUCCUUUAGAGCCUAUGACUUGUGUGAAGACAGGUUCUUAGCCCCUAAAUGAUGCCGGCUGUGGAUUUCAUCUCCUGGAAUGGUCUUAAGUCCAAUCAGAAUAUGGUUGUUUAUUCAUAUAACAUUUGUGCUACAGCUGUCCUAGUGAGCCUAUAUUGCCAGGUUGGUAGUUAUCUUAGGGUUAACAGAUGAAUAAGACUGUUGAUUGUCCUGGUACAAGUUUAUAAAAAUCACGCCUACAUGCAAAGAGAUGAGAGAUUUUGCUAGCCCACACAGCCAAAUUAAUAGUGCACGCUGAGAUUACUUAAGACUUAGACCAACACCCUAGUGUGUAUUCAGCCUGCUUAUUUACUCUGCUCUUAAAACCCAAUUUUACUUGCCUUAAGUGUAUAGCUUUAAUCUUAAAUGAUCUACUCUUCACAUACCCUGACUCAGGGUAAUGCAUGUGCGUAUUCCUGCCUUGGUGACCAUUUGAUGAAAGCAGCCAACAGGUUGAAAGCAGCAUUAUAUGAUUAAAUAUCUACCAUGAAUGUGGGAAACAAUAUACAGAUAGAAUUUGGUGGCAUGUUUGCAGUACUAUUUACUUACUAUUCUGAGUCACUUGGGGUCAGUAAAGUAACUAAAUCCUGUAAAACUUUGCUCGAGAUCUUUGUAAAGAACAUUUUCUGUGCUGUUCAAUAAAUACAGAGCAAGGUCCUUUGUUAGGGAUAGUCAGACAUCAUGAAGGCAUUAUACACAGACAGCAGCAAGGACUCAGUUAGAUUAAGCAUAUGACAGGCAGAUCACUGAUAGCCCAACAACCACAAACUUCAGACAGAAGACACAGUGAGAAAAGUGGAAAUUCAAACUUGAUCUCGCUACUGCUUAUAGUAGUCCAAAAGGGAAUUCUGAGUUUUAGUUCCUUAACGUGACACCAAUGUGUUUGUUCUUCUGGGGUUAUCUUUCUGGUAUUUAGCCAACACAGUUGAGGAAUACCCUCUCACCCAGCAGCCUGCAUAGCAUCUUCUAGCAUCUAGCCAUGGUGAAGCUAGGGAGAAGUGAACAAGUGAAUACCAGCUUAUUUCUCCAUAUCCUAUGAGCAAGAGUGGAUCUUACUCUCAAGCUCUGACAGUCAGUCAAGAGCAUUGGCCUGUGCUGUUUUGUUUGCAUCUUUGGGGUUUCUUGACUAACAAUCUAAAGGCAGGUAUCCUGCAUCUGACACCAAGGCCCCGCAUUUUACUACUUGAAACCUACUCUAAACUACUAUUUAACACCAUAUGAAUUUUGGAGGCAUACAUUAAAGUGUUGGAAACACUGAGUUUAAAAAAAACUACAUUAAAACAAAACAACCUGUAGAACAAUGGUUCUCAACCUGGGGGCUGCAAUCCCUUUGUGGGGCGGGGCGGGGUGUCUCAACUCCCUUGGGAGUCAUAAUAUCAGAUUUGGCACAUCAGAUAUUUACAUUAUGAUUCAUGAAUCGUAUUACAGUAUGAUCCAACAAUUAGAUGUAUGAAGCAGUGCUGAAGCAGUUUUCUAGUUGCGAGGCACCACCGUGCAAGGAUCGCGACACUAGGAAAGUUGAGGCCCAGCACAUUAGAAACUCCACACAGUUAGGCAGCAUGUCUACUUACUUGCUGUUAUAUAACUUUAGAGUCAAGGACAGCGUUUGGCAUUUAAUCGACAGAGUCAGUAUUCAAAAUCCAUCUGAGGCGCCUUGGUCUGGUGCUCUCUGACUAGUGCUUGAACGAUGUAUGCACGUGGAUGGAAGGAAACUGUUUUCAGGUUGAGCACAAGUAAGUCCAUCACCUACUUCACAGGGUUGUUGUGGUUUAAUUUCAAAGGCUAAUUGCAGCAAGUGUUGAGAAUAAAGAUUUGAGUGGAUUAAUAAUGAUAACAUGCUUGCUUUAAAAGAUAAGCCCUCUGAUUACAGUAGCCUUCCAAUUUUGGAUGUUUUCACUUCAUAAAAUUAUCAGGGAUAUAGAUGGGUAGACUCUGAUUCACAUUCAUUCAACCAUGUGGUGGUGUUGGCAUGUGUGACACAAUUAAGAAUACUAUAUACCAGGUUUUGACAUUCUGGCAUCAAUGUAGCAUAGAUCACUUUUGUCUACAUUUUAUUGGCCAGAUCACACUGUGUCUCUGAUAACAUUGUCUCUAUGGGCAGCUACUGGCUAACAGUAACUAAUAUUUAUUAAAAGGGAACAUGAAUUUUUGUGGACAUCUCCAUGUUAGUGAUACACGGAUGUAUAACUAAUGAUUAAUAAAUUAUUGGUACUAUUCAUAUAUUUUAGUAUACUACAUGACACUUGCUUUACCUUAUAAUUAGGGUGAGAAUCCCAUUACAUCACACAAGGACUUCAUGGAUUUUCAUGGAUUCCCUUAAUCAGUGGCAGAAUUCCAGGUCAGUGUUUGCUGUCAAAAAAAAAACCAAAACAACAACAAAAAAAAAACAAACUUUGGCGACUGAUAUCUGUCGAUGCCAAAAACUUAAAAUGGGUGAGUAUCUAAUCCAAUGAUGUGUAGGCAAUCAUAAUCACCAUAACCAUGAUUUAAACGAAAA